UCUCUGUUAUGUUUUUUGCAGGGAGAUGGAUUGGGAUCUCUGGCUGAAAUUGAUGAUCUUUCAAAAACAUUUUCUAAGUUGAACAAUGUUGGGCCAUCAAGUGCAGGAGUUCGUCCAGACUGGGAUUCCCGAGAAAGUGCGUCUGGUGUUGAGUGGGUACAAGGGGCAGAUAACACUAACUGGCUCGAUCGACGGAAUUUUAAUGUUGAAACCACUCAUGAAACGGAUCAAUUGUCCUCACAACCAUAUUCCGCUUUCCGGAUCAUGGAUUCCAAGUCAUUGCACAGAACAUCAUCAUACCCUGAACAGCAGCAACAACAACAGCAGCAGCACCCGUAUGAACCACAAAAUCUACAUCAUAACUAUUCCAGCGAACCAAUUCUUAUUCCAAAAACACCAUUUACUUCAUAUCCACCCCCUGGUGGCAGAUCUGAACAAGCCUCACCUAAUAGCCAGUCCAACCAUCCUAAUCUUACACACCUCCCUGGUGGUCACCAAUUCUCAAUUUCUUCAUCCAAUCUCUCACCAUACAAUAAUACUCAGCUUCAAUUGUCUGCCUUGCCUCAUGGGCCCCAAUUUGGUGGGAAUUUGUCCCAGUUACCUCAUGGUUUGCCAGUCAAUGGUCGACUUCAGAACCAAUGGGCGAAUCAGAAUAGUUAUCCUGGUGAUCGUUCUGGCCUCCCGGGCAAUGUAGCUCCUCAACAGUUAUCCCAUCCGAAUGGCUUAAUGCGUCCACAAUUGAUGCCUCCCCAGCAUGCUCAGCAAACCAGAACUCAGCAUCCAUUUCCGCCAUCAUAUGGUCAUCCAUCAGGGUUGCAGUCUCAGCUAUUCAAUCCCCGCCUGUCUCCUUCGCCACCUAUGUUGAACAACUUCGACGUACUUGGGCUCCCUGAUUUGAGAGAUCAAAGAGCUAUGCCGAUGCCAAGAGGUAGACAAGGAAUGCGCUAUCCUCAUCACGGCCCUGAUUUUGGUAACCAGAAGGGUGAUACGGGUUGGCCGAGGUUUAAAUCAAAGUACAUGAGCGCAGAUGAAAUUGAGAAUAUUCUCAGAGUGCAGCUUGCUGCUACCCAUAGCAAUGAUCCUUAUGUUGAUGAUUACUAUUAUCAAGCUUGUCUAGCUAGAAAAUCUGCCGGUGCUAAAUUGAGACACCACUUUUGCCCAGCUAAUUUGGUGGAUGGGUCUUCGAGGACCCGUGCAAGCGAUGAGCCACAUGCUUUUCUCCAGGUUGAUGCUCUUGGAAGGGUUUCUUUCUCCUCAGUACGGAGGCCUCGACCACUUCUAGAAGUUGACACCCAAUUAUCAAGUGGGGCUGGUGGUGAAACAAAAAUUGGUGAGAAGCCUUUGGAACAGGAGCCUAUGCUUGCAGCCAGGGUGACUAUUGAGGAUGGCAUUUGCCUUCUACUCGAUAUUGAUGAUAUUGACAGGUUUUUGCAGUUUAAUCAAUUACCAGAUGGUGGGGUGCAGCUGAAACAGAGGAAACAAAUGCUACUUGAAGAAAUAGCAUCAUCCUUUCAUCUAGUUGACCCACUAGGGAAUAAUGGCGAUGCAGUGGAUUUAUCAUCCAAAGAUGACCUUGUUUUCUUGAGAUUAGUUUCACUUCCAAAGGGUAGGAAGCUUCUUUUAAAGUAUCUUCAACUUCUUUUUCCUGGUGAACUUGCUCGAGUUGUCUGUAUGGCCAUCUUCCGAAAUUUGAGGUUCUUCUUUGGAAAUCUUUCCCCUGAUCAUAGCACAUCCAUGACAACUGCAAAUCUUGCUAAGACUAUAUCUUCUUGUAUCCAUGGUAUGGAACUCAAAGCUCUUGCAGCCUGUCUUGCAUCAGUGGUCUGUUCAGCUGAGCAUCCUCCUUUGCGUCCAGUUGGGAGUCCUGCUGGAGAUGGAGCUUCCGUUGUUCUUAAAUCGGUUCUUGAGAGGGCAACUGUGCUUCUGACAGACCCCCAUGCUGCUGAUAGUUGCAGCAUUUCUAACAGGGCUUUCUGGCAGGCCUCGUUUGAUGCGUUCUUCAGCCUUCUUACAAAGUACUGUUUCAGUAAAUAUGACUCUACUGUGCAAUCGUUCCUCAGCCAGGGUUCACCAGACACAGUCGCCAUUGGGGCUGAUGUAGCCAAAGCAAUUAGUAGAGAAAUGCCUGUUGAACUCUUACGUGCGAGCCUUCCUCACACAAGCGAUCAGCAAAGAAAACUGCUGCUGGAAUUUGUGAAGCGGUCUAUGCCUGUAGCUGGUCUUAGUGGUCCGAGUGGAGGAAGUGGGAGCUCAUGAUUACCUGUGCGCCUUUUGGCAGAUAUCUAUUAAAUGACCCAUAAGCGUCACAAACCACUUGCUGCACCCUUGAAAUGAUUUUCUUGGCAUCUUUGAAUGUGUUGGGAAAGCAAGUCACCUUCAGCUUUCAGCUGGACAGAUGCUUGUCACCCAAGUUGGUUCAUUUUGCAAUGAGUUUCACCAUCUCUCAUUGUACCGGUGCAUGGUGGGAUAAAAUUUUAAGUUGGCUCUCUGUGGACUGUAUUUGUCGUCCCCUUUUUUCCUUUUUACGUGAGAGCUUACAUUUGUUGCUCUGUUGUGCAAUCGUGAAUGGCUUUUAGAGUUAGAUUUGUAAAGUUCCAAAGAAAUAUGCUGUUCCUUACUCCUGAGCUUUUGCAUCUUAAUCUAGGGGUGGGAAAGUAUUUGCUGUACUUCACCUAUGUUUCUGCA